CCGAGCUUGACUACAGCGGGGAGAACCGCAUACAGCCACUUAAAGGAAAAUACAACAUUUGAAAACAAAUGAGAAUGAACCACGCUGCUUUUCAAAGACAUAGCUGAGAUGCCCCGGCUGUGAGAAGAUUGCAUCGACAAAAUGCGGAGUAUUCUGUGUGGAGUAACUAACUGUUUACGUUGCCUACACAACGAGAUUUUGGGCUAACAAGCUAGCACGGUUGUCGCUAAAACAUGGUGGGCAGACAUUGAGCAAAAAAAAAAAAAAAAACUAGACAGGCUCAAAUAUUUGCUAUCUGUUCUCUUUUCCAUGAUACAGGAAACUUUAUUCGGUUUGUUUUCUUUUUCACCUAGAGGGAUAUUUUGGAAUAAAACGUGCUUCUAACUGACAAAAACGCAUGAACGACUUGCUUUGAAAGUUUCUUGACGUUUCGCUCAAGUUAACCAUCCAUCACGAGCGUGAAUUGAUCAUCGCGAGCUCCGUGGUGAAAGACGAUUGACUGACCGAUGGAUCUCGCUCGCUGUUGACCGAUAAUGCACAAGAACCGUGGAGUUUAUUAUCAUGAUCACAACCGAUUCAGAGCAUCACAGCCUCAUCCAUUCAUUUAACACCAUUCACUCGAGAAAACAGUGCUCAAUGUUGGCCGAGGUGAAACUUUUGAACUCAUUGGACUGUCAUGGAUCAUACGGAAUAAAUAUCUUCCUGUGGUUAAUUAAUGGCACUUCCACUAUGCGUUGGGUUUAAAUUUGGACUACUCCACGCAAAGGAACACAUGGUUUGCCUUCAAAUCAAUUUAGAAGACUUGCAGGGCAAAAUACAUGGAGACUAGUUGGUCAUGCCAAGGAAGGAGUUACCAUUGCCAGAGGGUUGGGAAGAGGCCCGAGAUUUUGACGGGAAAGUCUAUUAUAUAGACCAUAUUAAUCAAACCACCAGCUGGAUUGACCCAAGGGAUCGGCAGACUAAGCCUCUGACCUUUGCCGACUGUAUUGGAGAUGAGCUGCCUGUGGGUUGGGAGGAGAUCUAUGACUCCCACAUUGGAGCCUAUUAUGUCGACCACAAUACUAAGAGUACGCAGCUGGAGGACCCGCGAGCGCAGUGGCAGCGUGAGCAGGAGCUCAUGUUGCGGGAUUAUCUGAGCGUGGUUCAGGAUGCAUUGAGCGCUCAGAAGGAGAUCUAUCAGGUCAAAGAGCAGAGACUUCAUCUGGCCCAGCAGGAGUAUCGGCAGCUAAAUGAUGCUUGGCGAGCCAAGUCUUCCUCACAGACCAGCUUAAAUUCCAGGUCCUCAUCAAGCAGUAAAUAUGACCCUGAAAUCCUCAAAGCGGAGAUUGUUACAGCAAAAAGCCGGGUAAAUAAGCUGAAGAGAGAUUUGGCAUGUAUGAGGCAAGAACUGCAAUAUAAAGAGCAAGGCUUUGAGACGUUGAAAGAAAUUGAUCACAAAGUGUCUAGUGCCUCACAUGGCUACAAACUCCAUGAGGCACAGGCCAUCCUGAAGGAGGUGAAGACCAUUAAAGAUGCCAUCAGCUCCGGGGAGAAAGAGAAACAGGAACUUAUGCGGAAACUGGCCGUGUUGAAGGAUGGUUUCCAGUUAGACUAUGGCUCUCAGUCUGAUCUGUGGGCCAGUUGUCCAUCCCUGGCAAACUCAAACCUCUCUCUGCCCCGCCUGUAUUCAGACGCAGAGUCUCAAACAGACAUACCUGCUGAGUUUGUAUCAAGCUCAAAUAAACUGGCUGAGAAGGUGCGACUGAGCCUGAAAUAUGAGGAGGCAAAACGAAGGAUUGCAAACAUUGAGGUCCAGAUCGCCAAACUGGACAGUGAGGCGUGGCCAGGCCUUCUGGACCCAGAGAGAGAUCGCCUGAUUCUCAUCAACGAGAAGGAAGAGCUGCUGAAAGAACUGCAGUAUGUAACUCCGUGUAAGCGCGCACCCAACGACGCAGAGAAGAUUGAGUCUGAGAAGAAACGACUGGAGAAGGACCUGCAGGCUGCACGAGACAAUCAGAGCAAAGCACUGACCGAGAGAUUGAGGCUGCACUAUAAGAGAAACAAACUUGUGAAGGAACUGGAGGAGACGGUGAGGUUGGCUUCUUCCCUACACACCCAGCUGAAAAGCCUGUCAGCCAGCACGCUGUCAUGUUCUUCGGGCAGCAGCCGUGGCUCGCUAACUUCCAGUCGAGGAUCCCUGGCUACCUCCAGCUUGGGCUCCACCUCAUCUCUCAGCUUUACUGACAUCUACCUGGAGCAGCCUGAGCUGGGCGACCCUGACUUCCAGAACAAACUGGACUCUAUUCUGCAGGAGGGAAGCACCUCUGGGUACAGGCCACCCAGUUCCAUCACCACCAUCCAUGAGAAUGAGGUGUCUUCAUCCUCCAGGCCAGUCAGCAGUGGGCUAGUUGUGGGUCAGCGAACUCAAGUACUGCGACUGUCGGAGACACCUCACUCAAUGAGCUCCCUAUCCCCACGUUCUUCGCUGUCUUCCUUGUCUCCUCCCUGCUCGCCCCUAGUCACUGAUGCUUCUUUUAUGUCGGGAGAGGUCUUCACGGGUCCGACUUCACAGUUGGACUUAGAUCUCCAGACCAGGUUGAUGGAGCUACGGCUGGAUGAAGACCAAGAACAGGGGCUGCUGGCUUACUGUGACAACAAACAAGACAUUAUUAUGGCCACAGUAGAGUCUUCAAAAGAUGCUGUUACGCAAAUGAGGGUGUCAGGGCCCGGAUCAAAGAAGGCGGGUGUAACAUCGGCUGUCUCUGAUGAAUCAGUAGCGGGAGACAGUGGGGUGUAUGAGCCUUCAGAGAAAAGCCCUGGGCUUCCUGCCGAGCAGCUGCUGUGUUAUGACGAUGGGAGCUCAUCAAGCAGUGCUCAGAUCAAACUCGGCCUGAAGUAUGAAGUGAAAGAGAAGAGGUUCACAGUGUUCAUCAUGCAGCUCUCCAACUGUAGUGCGCUCUCCCUGCCAGCCAACCAGAACAUAUAUGUUCGUGUGGUGGUGCUGCCAUGCUCUGAGCCCGUUCGCUGCCUGUUUCGCACCCACAGCUCUCUACCGCAGGACUCCUUAGAACUGAAGGAAGCGUUUGGACUGCAGAUGUCCUCCACUGCUCUCAGACACAAAACUCUCCGCAUUGACAUCUGCACUACUAGUAAAUCUGGCCGAGAGGAGUGUCUAGCUGGUGCUCAGAUCAGUUUGGCUGAUGAACAGUAUUCAGAGGAAUUCUACACCAAGUGCUACAACCUCCUCAACUACAUGUACCAGCCAGACAUGGACAGAAAGCACAAGGAGCCUGAUGCCUCCACUCAGCAGGAGCUGACUCCAGCUCCCAGCACUUCGGAAAGCUCAGCUGCACAUCUGGAUAACACACCUCUGGAGGACUGGCCUGCAGAGGCCCUGGAGGGUGAUGUGUUUGUGGAUGGAGAGGGCAGUGAUGGUGAGGAUAAUGAAGAGUUCUAUCCUGAUGACUGUCAUUGGGAACAGGAGGAAGAGGCGCUAAUGCCCGGGCCCUCAGCAGUCAUAACAGAGAAGGUAAAUAAGGAGACCAGUAUGGACGGUCUGCCCCAUUCUGUCUCUGUGGUUCGUCCCAAGGAGCGACGACAUGACGUCCAUCAACAAAAUCCGUUUAUGCGAGGAAACACCAUCAUCCGGUCCAAGACAUUUUCCCCUGGACCCCAGAGCCAGUAUAUCUGCAGAAUUAAUCGCAGUGACAGUGAUAGCUCCACGCUGUCGAAGAAAUCUCCCUUUGUCCGGAACGCUUCGGAGCGACGCAGUGUUCGAAUGAAAAAGCCACCGAUGCAGGUGAAAGGUCUGGACGGUCUCUUGCGCACCUCUCUGGAUCUCGAGCUGGACUUGCAGGUGACACGCACAAGGCAGAGUCGUCUGAACGAGGACCUGCAUGUGCUGCGGGAGCUAAAGGAGCAGUUGGAGAAAGCCCGGCAGCAGGGGCAACAAGUCCUGCCCACAUGGGUACAGGAGGAUGAACGCUUCCGGCUGCUACUCAAACAGGCAGAAAGACAGACCCAGGAGGAGCAGCUACUGGAAAAGAGGGUAGAGAAGAUGAUGCGAGCAGCAGCUAAGGAUGUGCACAAGAUCCGUGGACAGAGCCUCAAAGAGGUCCCUGGGGUUCAGUUCUUCAGAGAGAAGAUGGCCUUCUUCACCCGAGCGAAGAUAAAUGUUCCUGACCUACCAGCUGACGACGUGUAGAAAAUCUCAAGUAUUUCCGUCUUUACUGCUGUUUCCACGGAGACGCAACUGACGUCUGGCGGUAUCAUGAAGAAUUGUGUGAAAGAAAAAGUAUGUUGCCGCAGGAAAAUGUUAUUUUUGAACACUGGGUUUUAACUUUCAAAACCGAAAUUGUAUAGAUCCAUGUGUCGUUUUUCUUUUUCUUUUUAGCUAGAUUUCUUUUUCUAGUUGCAUUGUGUUCUGUUACUAAUACGAGUAAGUUGGUAUCUGUACUAGGUUUUUUAGUGGUCAUUCAAAACACCAGUGCGGUCUUUUAAAUGAGUUUUAAACAUGCUGCUCUGCUGAUUCAGGCAGAACUGCUCACUGUUGCGCUCGAAGAUGUGAAUAAGGAUACUUACGGUACCACUUCCGUUCAAGGGUUCGAGAAUCAGUAUCUAGCUUUAUGUUGCAAUGACAAAAUGAAUGGGCAUAAAUCCUGCGAUCUAAGUCACGUCCCACUACAAACAACCUUGUUCUGUCCACAUUUCUGUUCAACAAUAUGUACUUUGUAUGAGAUUGUUGUUUUUUUUGCAAAUAGUUGCAGGUGUUAGCAAGCAUGAAACUAAAGCAUGUUGAACAGUUAAAUAGAGCGGUUAUCUUGUAGAUUAAGUAGAUUAAUAACAGCUCUUUGUUUGUGUUAAUUAUGCAUUCAAACCAGACACAUACUAGUGCAAAAGUCCGUAAUAUGAUGUAGAAUCUGCACUUAGUCCAACAGACUCUCAGGUAGAAUAUGAGAUAGUUCAUGCACUUUAAUACAAAUCUGAUAGCGAGAAAAAUGUAUUGAUAUAGAGAAUGAAGCAAAAAGCACAUUUGAAUGCAAAGAUUACAUCCCAUUGAAGUAAAACCCCCUUUCUGAGCUCUUUUUGCAUCUUUGGAAACUUUCUACCUUGUUUUUAUAUUUCUUAACUAACAAUUGUAGUACUUGCAGUGGCAUGUUGCAUUAGUUUUACAUUCCUUUUGGUUUAGACCUCACUUAAUCUAACCCAAACUCCAGGCAACAAAAAUAAGUUUUGUAAUUGUUAGUUUAUUUGACUAAUAAUCUGUCAGUUAAAGCUGUUGAACUGAAUGUAGAGAAAAGAAGAGAAGAAUUUAGUGUUUGGGUGAAUCUCACAAGAAAAUGUCUGUCAUUUCUGACCCCAAAAUCAAAAGACAAAAUAAAUAAAUUAUAUUUUGCAUGCAGAAAAUGAUUUUGUUUUCUUUUUUUUCUCAUUGUGACAUUACUUUCAUGACAAUUCUCAAAUUAAUAUAAUGUAAUCCCCAAAUUCUUAUUACUAUGAUGUGAAAAAAUGUAAUUCUCAUUAUAAUACAUAAAAUAAUUGUCAAAAUAUGAAUAACUACAGUAUUGACCAACACAAAAUAGGUAUCGUUUAAAAGCUUAGAAACUCUAAUUUACAAUGCAUGCAGGCAUUAUGACCUAAAGUGAACUAGUGCUUUGAAAUUCGCAGACAAAUCAGAAUCGUUCCAUUUUUAUAAUUAUUUUGAUAUAAAUUUGUACUGUACAUAUAUUACAGUCGUGUCAUAUUUUGUUGGAAAGCUCUCAAAGAGUAGAAUACAAACAGUAGAAUUGGUGUUGAUUAUAUGCCACGUUUCACUUAUAACUUCACGAAAAAUAAACGGAACAUUAUAUAUCACAAUCCAUACUUAGAGGAGGUGAUUAUCUUCCAAACGAGUCCAAACACAAGGUAAUCAGAUGCAUAGAUCGUAAGAUAAUCCACAUGAAGCACAAUGUUACAUAUGGCCACCAGAAGAUGGCGCCAAGUAAAUGACAGCGACUCAUUGAGUCUCCAUGCUAUGCAAACCUUUAGUCAUUGUUGUGUUUGUAUGUGUAAUUAGUUCUUAUGUACAAUUAUUAUGUUUUAUUUAUAUGGAGAGGCUUUAGACACAUGGAGUCGUUUUUGGACACAAUGAUAAAUUAUUAUUGCUAUAACUUUUGAUUGCUUUCCUUAUUUACACCCAGAGAUAUCUAAUGUCAAAUAAGAAAAAAUAAUAAUAAUAAUUUUUGACAAAAUUUCAGAUUUUUCAGCAGUUUCUUAGGAUGAGAGUCUCAGAAUUUAUCAUAAUCUAUAUCAUUAAAACAUUUUCUUUACAAUGAUUCCAAACACUUGACCCUCCCUGUGUGUGUGUGUGUGUGUGUGUGUGUGUGUGUGUGUGUGUGUGUGUGUGUGUGUGUGUGUGUGUGUGUGUGUGUGUGUUUUCUCU